UAGCAAAAGAGAAAGUAACUAUGUUGCUGCUGGAGAUCAAUGAAGCCAAGUGAAUGAGGGCUGAGUAUGCGACUCCAUAGCUGAAGAGGAGCGCCAGAUGGUGGAGGGUUACACUUAUUUAUGAAACUGUCUUGAGUUCUUCUUGAAUUGCCAGUUUUCAGCCUCCUCAUGCCUCCGUCUCCUUUAGACGACAGGGUAGUGGUGGCACUGUCUAGGCCCGUACGACCUCAGGAUCUCAACCUUUGUUUAGACUCUAGCUACCUUGGCUCUGCCGCCCCCGGCAGUACCAGCCAUCCUUCUGUCAUCACCACCACCGUUGUGUCCCUAAAGGCUGCGAAUCUGACGUAUAUGCCCUCAUCCAGCGGCUCUGCCCGCUCCCUGAAUUGUGGAUGCAGCAGUGCCAGCUGCUGCACUGUGGCCACCUACGACAAGGACAAUCAGGCCCAAACCCAAGCCAUUGCCGCUGGCACCGCCACCACCGCCAUUGGAACCUCUACCACCUGCUCUGCCAACCAGAUGGUCAACAACAGUGAGAAUGCAGGCUCUCUAAGUCCAUCAGGUGGGGUGGGCAGCCCCGUGUCAGGGACCCCCAAACAGCUAGCCAGCAUCAAAAUAAUCUACCCCAAUGACUUGGCAAAGAAGAUGACCAAAUGCAGCAAGAGUCACCUGCCGAGCCAGGGCCCCGUCAUCAUUGACUGCCGGCCCUUCAUGGAGUACAACAAGAGCCACAUCCAAGGAGCUGUCCACGUUAACUGUGCCGACAAGAUCAGCCGGCGGAGACUACAGCAGGGCAAGAUCACUGUCCUAGACUUGAUUUCCUGUAGGGAAGGCAAGGACUCUUUCAAGAGGAUCUUUUCCAAAGAAAUUAUAGUUUAUGAUGAGAAUACCAAUGAGCCGAGCCGAGUGAUGCCCUCCCAGCCACUUCACAUAGUUCUCGAGUCCCUGAAGAGAGAAGGCAAAGAACCUCUGGUGUUGAAAGGUGGACUUAGCAGUUUUAAGCAGAACCAUGAAAACCUCUGUGACAACUCCCUCCAGCUCCAGGAGUGCCGGGAGGUGGGGGGCGGCGCGUCUGCGGCCUCGAGCACGCUACCUCAGCCCAUCCCCAGCACCCCCGACAUCGAGAACGCAGAGCUGACGCCCAUCCUGCCCUUCCUAUUCCUUGGCAACGAGCAGGAUGCUCAGGACCUGGACACGAUGCAGCGGCUCAACAUCGGCUACAUCAUCAACGUCACCACGCACCUGCCCCUCUACCACUACGAGAAGGGCUUGUUCAACUACAAGCGGCUGCCGGCGACCGACAGCAACAAGCAGAACCUGCGGCAGUACUUUGAAGAGGCUUUCGAGUUCAUCGAGGAAGCUCACCAGUGUGGGAAGGGGCUUCUCAUCCACUGCCAGGCGGGGGUGUCCCGCUCAGCCACCAUUGUCAUCGCUUACUUGAUGAAACACACGCGGAUGACCAUGACUGAUGCUUAUAAAUUUGUCAAAGGCAAACGACCAAUUAUUUCCCCAAAUCUUAACUUCAUGGGGCAGUUGCUGGAGUUUGAAGAAGACCUCAACAACGGCGUGACACCGCGAAUCCUUACACCAAAGCUGAUGGGCGUGGAGACGGUGGUGUGACGACAGUCUGGCUGGAAAGGAUUACUGUUCUCCAUUAGGAGACGAAGAGGAAAGAGGAUGGAUUCGUUCUUUUCUUUUCUUUUUUCUUUCUUUCUUUUUUUUUAAAGAUGGGGGUAAAGGUUGUGAAUGGAGACAAACUUGUUUAAAAACCUUUUUAUUUUUAACAAGUGUGAGAAGAAUUUAACUUUUGAUGCCAUUGAGAUUUACUUCCCGCGAACUGACAAAGCAGGGAGGCUAAAGAAGUGAUUUUUUUAAGCCAACAAUAAAAAUAUGAUCAAACUCGUUUCUCCCCCUUUUUCCUUUUAAGCUAUUUGUAGAGUUUACGAUGAAUUAGUCUGUGCAGGUUCAUAGACCGAAGAUGCUACACUUUAAACCAAUUAAAAAGAACCAAAAGUUAGUAGACAAGACCUUGAAUCGUGAAGGCCCGGGAUCUGCCUGGGCUGUCCACACAGAAAACAAAAACCCAACCAAACCAAGCCCUGCCGUGCUCAGCGGUGCAAAGAGAAGACCAGAGCAGCUUAAGUGGUCUAAGAACGCUUCACACUCGUCAAAGAGGCAAAGGAUACUGUUGAUUUUGUGUGUUUCAUACUCCGGAUUAUUUUUCUCCCUUUCUGGGUUUCAGAGGUUUUUUGAAAUAGCAAGGAACUGACCAUUAUACCAUAUGCCUUCGCUGGCUUCUUGUGCAAUAAUGUGGUGUUUUGAGUGUGCAAACGAGUUAGAGCUGGCAGCCGAAUGACAGACAAAUAGUGCAACGUUGCCAGUUUGGAGAUAGAGAGGGAUUAAAGGAAACCAGUUACUUUUCUUUCCCACCUUUUCCCUUUGUUUAAUUUUCUUUUCUUUGAUUUGACUCUGGUUACAGUGCCAUAAACCUUGUUACAUAUGUAUAUCAGAAUGUAAAAAAAAAAAAAGAUAAAAAUUUAUUUAAAAAUAUUUUUCGCAAAAAAAAAAAACUUGGUGUGUUUCUGUUGAUUGUGUAAAAAUUUAUUUUCAUUAUAUAAAUGAAACUCAUUUGGA